AUGGGGCGCUUUCUCGAGCAGAUGUGCCCGCGGAAAGGCGACUACCGGCAUAACGACUUUUCCGUGCGUACCGUAAAUAUGAACGAGGAUGAAUCGCCAAACGGCCAUGCGCAUCUCCAGCACCUGAUGUUGGGAUGCAGCGAGACGAUUCCCCUGGUUGACGGCGAAAUGCCGUUCGGCCAGUGGCAAAGCAUCUUCUUCAUCGAGCUGGACCAUCCGCGCCCGCGCGAAGUGAUGGUGCAGAUCGUGGGAGAUUAG